AUGGUGGGCGCACUGGUACCACCAUUGAGCAUGAUACCACCAACUGCAGACAGGGCAUCCAUGAAGCUCCCUGGGAGAAGAUUGAGUUUAAUAUCACUGCAUGAGGUUUUCCUGGGACGCCCUGCAACUGACAAAGACAACAACAGCAACUCCACAAUGCCACAAACCAACAACGUCAGUGCUGCAACCGGAAUUGGCCGAUCGGAAGACUUCUGGAUCAAGCAGUUUGAGGGAGUUGAUGCGGCAGCUUUUCCGCGGGCACCUGCAUCUUCCAAGAAACCGAGCAAGAACACCGCUUCAGCUGCCGUACAGUUGCCGAGCCCUAGUCAGAAGUACCCAAGGAAGUCUGUAUCGGAAGCUGCCAAGAUCCUGCUCGUGGCAUCGUGGGCACUUGUACUAGGUCGUUACUUGGACGUCACCGAUGUUACAUUUGGAUGCUUCCAUCCACAGUCACUGGAGAAUGUCGUGCCCCAGCGUAUCCAGAUUCCCGACUCUGCUUCCAUGGCAGCGUACCUCCGCAUUGUGGAGGAGCAGAUUAUUCUCGUCGAACAACAAGUCCCCUCGUCCAUCAGCGAGAUUGCAAAGUUGAGCGAGUGGACGAGUCAGGCAUGCCAGGCGAUUCAAAACGUUCUUGUAAUCAACGACAACACAGGGUAUGAGUCAGAGGUCUUCUCGGAGCAUUUCUGGAAUUCCACUGGAGCUCUCGCCCAAUACCCUCUACUGCUGGUCUGUGACGUGACCCAGGAGACCUGCAUGACAUCUCUGAGGACUUUUUUCGACCCUAGGGUCGUUGCAUCAGAGCAAGCAGAUCGCAUCACGGCUCACAUUGAACAUGUCUGGAAGCAAUUGCUUGCGUUGUCCUCAUCCACUGAGCAAACGAAGGAUGUCGUGUUGCUGAAUGAACGCGAUGAGAACGAUAUCAUGCGCUGGAACCAAGACAUACCGGAAUCUAUCGAUGAUUGUGUUCAUAAUUUGAUCGACCGGCGGAUGGCUCAGCACCCUGAAGCCGAAGCAGUGUGCGCCUGGGACGGCAGCUUGACCUUCCGCCAACUGGACCAUUUGUCGGGACGAUUAGCAUGCUAUCUUCGUGACUUGAGUGUAUCGUGCGAAGACUUUGUCCCACUCGUGUUCGAGAAAUCUAAGUGGCAUGUCGUCGCCAUGAUCGCCGUCCUUCGAGCUGGAGCUGCAUUCGUUCCCCUGGAUCCAUCAAACCCAAGCGAGAGGCUUCGGGACAUCGUUGCGCAGCUUCAACCGAAGGUCAUACUCACAUCUCCGACAGCGAAGGAGAGAACUGGAGAGCUUGGAUCUGCUCAGAAACUUCUGCUGUCUGCCAACGCAGAAGACUGGCUACCGAUGGAGGAGUGGACUUCUCAGACCGUCAAGCCAUCCAACGCCAUGUAUGUUGUCUUCACGAGCGGCUCUACCGGCAAACCGAAGGGGGUUGUGAUAGAGCAUGGCAUGUUUUGCUCCAAGGCCAAUCCACGAUGUGAAGUCCUCGGUCGGAAUGAGAACACACGUAUCCUACAGUUUGCGUCAUCCAGCUUCGACCUCAGUAUCGAGGACGUGUUGCUCACCAUCAUGUACGGUGGUUGUGUAUGCGUUUCCUCGGAGGAGGAUCGCGUGAACGAUCUCGAAGGCGUGAUGCAGCGAAUGCGGGUCACUUGCGCACACAUCACGCCCUCGAUUGCGAAUACUUUGUAUCCGGAGAACCUCCCUUCGCUUCAGCAGCUUCGACUGGGAGGAGAACCGAUGACGAGGCAGCACGUUCGACGCUGGGCACGGAUGCUGGAAUUGAAGAAUGCCUACGGCCCGACCGAAUGCACCGUCACUGCGGCCGUCUCCGAGCGUCUAUCGCUGAACUCCGAUCCUGCAGACCUGGGCAGAGCUGUUGCGUGCCGGUCUUGGAUAGUCGAUGCAAGUGAUCACAACCGUCUCUGUGCCAUAGGAUGUGUGGGUGAGCUGCUCCUCGAAGGACCCAUUCUAGCACGCGGCUACUACAAUGAGCCCGGGAAGACCGCAGACAGUUUCAUCUUCGAUCCAGCGUGGUGUCUGCAGGCCCCAUUUCUUGAACACGGGAACCAGAAUCGACGCUUCUACAAGACUGGUGAUCUUGUCGUGUACUUACCCGACGGCCGUCUCAAAUACAUUGGCCGAAAAGAUUCACAGGACAAGUUGCGCGGUCAACGCCUCGAGCUGGGAGAGAUUGAAACACAUCUCAGGAAUUGCAAUCUUGAAGUCGAUGAUCUGGCGGUAGAAGUAAUUCGACCAUCAGCCGACCCUGCUGAUGCAUGUCUUGUCACGUUCUGCGCUCUCGGCGAUUAUUUUGCCAAAGGAGAAGAAACAGCGCUAGGAAUUUCUGCUACCGUUCGGAACAAGUUGGCAGAAAUCGCAACGUCCGCGAAAGAUCGUCUGGCCGCCAGUUUGCCUUCCUACGCGGUGCCAUCUGUGUUCUUGCCCUUGAAGAGUUUGCCUCGCACAAUCUCUGGGAAGACUGAUCGGAAGGCUUUGAGGCAUCUUGGAUCGUCGUUGGGUAGUCAUGGAUUGAGCAUCUUCUCAUGA